CUGAGACUACCCAGAGAGAGGAGAGCUCUGAAGGUCCGGGGAAAAAAGGGAUACAAAAAAUAAUGAUAAAUGGUAUGCAGGACUAAAACAAACGCUUUCCAGGGACCCGGUUAUAGAGAAGAACUGGGAAUAAAUACGAAUCUAGACUCAGGGUUGUUCUGCACAUGGGGGAAGUCUUUUUCUGAGAGGUUUUGGCUGUUGCAUUAAUAUUUCAGUGGGCAGCUUAGACUAACUGUGCCGUAUAGUGUGCAAGAGUGUCAGCACCGUACAACACAACGGACCCGAAGGCGACAUUCUGCUACGUAGUGGACGCCACUACUUGAUUGUAACUUCAUGGCCGCUUGGACUACACAAUCCUAGGACCUUGGGUUACCUCUAGGACGGAGUCAUGGAGGUUGUGGAUGAGACUGAGGCUUUACAACGCUUUUUUGAAGGACAUGAUAUCAGUGGAGCUUUGGAAACCUCGAAUAUUGACACCAGCAUUCUAGAGGAUUAUAUCAGCAAAGAAGACUCGUCCGAAAUCUGUUUCCCAGACAUUUCUGGCUCUGCAGGUUAUGCCAAUCCUCAGGCUUGUGGUCCUUCCGGCGUAAAUCUACCCAUUAUCACCAGCAUAAGCCAUGCUCCCAGUACCAGCUCCGGUGGGGUUCUCCAUAUGGGUCAGCAGAUGGCAGUACGGCCCAGUAUGGGGGCAAACUGUGGAGGACCCCCAUUUCAGUCACACCUCAACUGCAACAACAACAAUGCCAUGCUAAACCCCAAAGGAUACCCCGGGAACAUGUGCAUGAGUGGCCCAGGUCUCCCCAUCAAAGCAGAGCCCAAAACCAGUUACGCUGCCGGCACUUUACCUGACUCUCCCCCGGACUCCGGAUCAGAGGCGUACUCCCCCCAGCAGCUGAAUGACCCUCACUUAUUGCGCACUAUGACCCCUGAAAACAUGUGUCACAUCACCCCACCUUCUCGUCUCGAACACCCAUCUCACCUGCAGGGUCCACCUCCUCCACACCCAGUGCACCAGCAGCACUAUCCCAACAUGCAGCGUGAGCUGUACCUGAAGGUGGAGUCUAUGAUGCCCCAGUACCCACCCCUUGGGCCUGGAAUGCCCCCUACAGACCUACACCAUGCCCAGCAGUCUCAGAUGCUUCAUCAACUUCUCCAACAGCAGCAUGGGACAGAACUUCCAGUUCAUCCUACAAAGAAGAGGAAACACUCAGACUCUCCAACCAACACCCUGAGGGACCAGAUACCCAAUGGAGGCAUGGUGAAACAGGAGCCGGGUCUAAUGCAGGACACUGACAGUCUGAAUGGCUCAUACCUAGAUCCCAAUUACCAGUCUAUAAAAUGGCAACCGCACCAGCAGAACAAGUGGGUCACCCUGUACGACAGCAACUACAAGGAACUCCCAAUGCCCACAUACAAAGUGGAUGCAGACAAAGGGUUCAACUUCUCUGUGGGAGAUGAUUCCUUCGUUUGCCAAAAGAAAAACCACUUCCAAGUUACCGUGUACAUUGGCAUGAUCGGGGAGCCCAAAUAUGUCAAAACCCCAGAGGGCAUCGUACCCUUGGAGUGCUUCUUCUUGAAACUGAACGGUGUGAAGUUGGAAGCCAUCAAUCAGAGCAUUAGUAUCGAACAGUCACAGUCUGACCGCAGCAAACGGCCAUUUCACCCCGUAACGCUGUCUCUUCCCCCGGACCAAGUGACUAAAGUGACAGUUGGACGGCUACAUUUCAGCGAGACCACUGCUAAUAACAUGAGAAAGAAAGGAAAACCCAACCCAGAUCAAAGGUAUUUCCUCCUGGUGGUAGCACUCCAAGUUCAGGCUCAGAAUCAAACAUACCUGGUGACAGCACAGUGCUCUGAGCGCAUCAUUGUCAGGAUGAGUUCCCCACAGGCUUCCAACCCAGGACAGUUUGAAAGUGACAAUGAGGUCCUGUGGCAACGUGGACAGCUCCCAGACACGGUUUUUCAUCAUGGACGAAUUGGCAUCAACACAGAGCGACCAGAUGAAGCACUUGUGGUACAUGGAAACGUCAAGAUUAUGGGUUCACUUAUGCACCCAUCUGAUAUCCGAGCCAAAGAGAGCAUUGAGGAGGUGGACACCACAGAGCAGUUGAAACGAAUUUCUCAGAUGCGGCUUGUUCAUUAUCAUUACAAACCUGAGUUUGCUAGCACAGUAGGACUCGAUAACGCUGAAGAAACAGGUGUGAUUGCUCAGGAAGUUCAAGAAAUACUUCCUGAGGCUGUCAAAGAGAGUGGAGAUGUUGUGUGUGCAAAUGGGGAAACCAUUGAGAACUUCCUUGUAGUGAACAAGGAGCGUAUCUUCAUGGAGAAUGUGGGUGCAGUGAAGGAGCUCUGUAAAUUAACAGACAACCUAGAGACUCGGAUCGACGAGCUGGAGAGAUGGAGCCGUAAACUGGCCAAACUCCGGAGGCUAGACAGUAUGAAGAGCACCAACAGUCACUCGGGCAGUCAGUUCAGCCGUGCAGGAAGUGUCCCUAUGAAACAACGACCUCCUAAAAUCAUCGGCAAGACUACCUCAGCCCCAGCUGAACAGAGCUGUGUCAGUCAACGUUUCCUGCAGGCCACCAUCAUCGCGCUGGUUAUUAUCAUGGCUUUCAGUGUUAUCUCCAUGACCACACUGUAUGUGUUGAACCUACGAAGUGAAGAUGAACUUCUUGAUAUGGAGGGUGCUCUCACUCCGUCUGGAACCUGCAUUCCGAUUUUCUUCCAGCAGAUCCGCCUUACACUGCCUUUUGCUCUGUGCACACGGCCAAGUCAGAACUUUGACACAACACAGCUGAAAGGCUCUACCCUUUUGCCAUCAGAAACCACGAAACGCACAGGUUGGCUAGGAGAUCCUGAUCCUUCUGUUACCAUAAACCUUUGCAUAAAUCCUCCUUGCGCGGCUGUUUGCUGCACGCAUUUCUACACGUCUGCCUCUCCCAGCGUCUCUUCUGAGAUCCCUGCAUCUCCCACAGAAAUCCUCUCCGCGACAGUCAAUGCACCAUCUGCGACUGUCAGGAAGGCAAAGUCACGCUACCUGGACAAAAACCGCAACUUCUUGGAUAGUCCUCCUCGCCCGGUCAGUCCUCCGCCUCCCUAUACACAAGGCAAAACAAAACACAGUCCCAACAGCCUGCCUGGCAAGGAUUACCGUGGCAAGCGAAGUAUUGAAAAGGACACAACCUACAGUCCCACUGUGAACAGCACACAGGACAAUGAGUAUCGUCCCUCGCUAUCCUCCAUCCGUGUUCUGGAGACAGGGACUGUAAUCACUAAUCACUCAUGUACCUCCCCAGACACUUGCAGGUCAAGCAAUUAUUCCUUUUCGCUUCCUCUCAGCAAGUACAGCCCGCUUACUGGAAACAUGACGCUGGAACUCAACUCGUCCGUUCCUGUGUCCGUGAACUUGUGUGAAACAUCCAUGGGUCAGGACUGUCCAGAAGCUCCAGAACUUACAUAUUCCAGAAACCAGAGCUGCCCUCAGGUGUCUGGAAACUGUGUCCCAGCUGCUCCCUCCUCAUCUCAUUUGUGGUCUCUGCAACUCUUUCCUUCCCAGGAAUUUACUUUUCACCUGCAGUUGUCUCCUCCGGGUUCAUCUGGAUGUCAUGAUCUGUCUGUACAUUCAUCGCAAAUAACAGACUAUUACUUCCAUUUCUACCGACUCUGUGAUUGAAAACUGGAGGAGCAGCCAUGAACUCGCAAAUUUUGACCAUGUUCCCUCCUUGGAUACAUAAAGUGUCCUUCCCUGACUUCCCCAGACUGCGGGCAGCCACGGGGUCACCACACUUCUCACUGGAUGUACAACACUGGAAAUAAUCUGGGGCUCACUGGAAACCAGAGGGGACACACUGGAGAUUGAGGAGAUUCCUCAAGAGGCAAGGCAUGGGAAAAUCCUCUCGUCCAAUAUUGGGGGACCAAGAACUAUGAAUGGAUGCAUCCUACUCUUCAUUCAGUUGAUUUUCUGUAUGUUUAUUAUUGUGAUUCUGUUACAAACCUUUCUCAUGCAUACCUCUCCCUACUUUUCUUGUUUAAUCUACCCUACAUUUUGGGGAAGGGUACCACCUUCCGUCACUUCCACCCAUUGCCUGAAAGAGCUAUCGUUUAACAGUCUGAACAAUUGCCACUAAGCAAGAGGCAGCAAAAACCAAGAUGAGUUACUGAAAUAUUUGGACGGAUUUUGUUUUAUCAUAUUUUAUGUGAACUUUUUGUUUUUCUUCUUGUCUCAAAUCUGUGUAUUUAAUUAUCUAACCACUGAAGUGCACUUAAUCUUAACAUGGCAGUAAGGACCAAAAUCUCCCCCCUUCCUCCUGAGGGGAGGAUGCAAUAUAGUAAGGGGUGGAGGUGCACACCAAAGACUCCCAGAGAACACUCAGUGUGCCAAUGCCAUGCAAACAGACAAAGUCAUAAGAAUAAGUGACUUAUAAAGGACCCAAGUAUUGGACCCCAAAGUUGUCUUUUUUUGUUUCUAUUCUUAAAAUGUUGAAAUCUUGUAAAUAAAAUGUUUUUUUUCCCUACAGUAAUUAAAGCCACUAAUUGCCUUAAUAGUGAUGUCACUAGGCAUCAUCGUAACAUUUUAGCCCAUAUAUUCCAAAAAACAAGAUUCAGAGGUGUUCUGCGUGACCCUCUGCAGCUAGUGAAGGGUUCAACUGCCUUUGUCUUUAUCUCAAAAUAUUUUAAAUGUUUUUUUGUUUUUUUUUGUGGAAUCUCAGAUUUGUAUUUAUAUUUUUACCUGCUACAGCUGCACUGUUCCCGCCUCCAUGUACCCAAUUCUCUGGGACUGGAUAAUCCUUUGUGCCUAUA